GGCUAGUUGAGAACAUCCGCGCGCUUGGGAGGUGAGCCAGGAUUUUUGGAAGAGGACGGGACGCAGAGACAUCACCCUCACGGCUCGACAAACAUGCACACACUCGGGGUCCCAUUUCUGCUGCUUUGGCUUAUCUGGGGCCACUCCUGCGCUCUCGGCGGAAAAGUCAACAAGCACAAGCCAUGGAUAGAAGCCUCUUAUCAUGGAGUGAUCACAGAGAACAUGGACACAGUGCUGCUGGACCCUCCGCUGGUAGCUCUAGACAAGGAUGCCCCAGUUCCCUAUGCUGGGGAGAUUUGUGCCUUUAAGAUCAAUGGUGAAGAUGCUCCAUUUGAGGCUGUGGUGCUGAACCGUACAUCGGGAGAGGGCGUGCUGAGAGCCAGUAGUCCUGUGGACUGUGAGAGCCAGAAAGAGUACACCUUUAUUAUCCAGGCCUAUGACUGUGGGGCCGGGCCAAGUGGGGCUAACUGGAAGAAAUCCCACAAGGCUGUGGUUCACAUCCAGGUGGAUGAUGUCAACGAGUUCUCCCCGAUCUUUCGGGAAUCUCUGUACAAGGCAUCAAUAACAGAAGGAAAGAUCUAUGACAGCAUUUUGCAGGUGGAAGCUUGGGACCAGGACUGUUCACCACAGUACAGUCAGAUCUGCAACUAUGAAAUUGUGACCGCAGGGACGCCGUUUGCCAUAGACCGCAAUGGUAACAUCAGAAACACAGAGCGACUGAGUUACGACAAACAGGAGAGCUACAAGAUCAUGGUGACAGCCUUCGACUGUGGUCAGAAGAGGGCAAAGGAGGAUGUGGUGGUGCAUAUUGAAGUAAAGCCUGUCUGCAAACCUGGAUGGCAAGGUUGGAACAAGCGGGUGGACUAUGAGCCAGGGACUGGGAGCAAGCAGCUGUUUCCCAAGAUGCACUUGGAAACAUGUGGAGGUCCCUUAUCUGGUGUGAAGGCAAUGGUAGAGCUGCAGACAAAUCACAUUGGGAAGGGCUGCGACCGUGAAACAUACUCUGAAAAGUCUCUGCAAAAACUCUGCGGUGCAGCAUCGGGCAGUACUGACCUCCUUCCUGCCCCCAGCCCUUCUGCAAACUGGACAACUGCUCUGCUGACGGACAGCGGCAGAGACAGCGACCUCAUCUACAGAUUUGAUGGGCGACAGGCUGCAAAUGUCCCAGAUCACGUGGUGCCCCAAAACCUGACAGACCAGUUCACCAUAGCAACAUGGAUGAAGCACGGACCCAGUCCGGGACUCAGAGCUGAGAAGGAAACCUUAUUGUGUAGCUCUGACAAGACUGAGAUGAACCGCCACCAUUAUUCUCUGUAUGUUCACAACUGCCGCCUGGUGUUCCUGCUCAGAAGAGAUUUCACUCAAAUUGACUCUUUCAGACCUGCUGAAUUCCACUGGAAACUGGAGCAGAUCUGUGACAAGGAAUGGCACUAUUAUGUCAUCAACGUGGAAUUUCCUGCAGUGACUCUUUUUGUGGAUGGUGUGACCUAUGAACCCUACCUGGUGACAGAUGACUGGCCAAUCCAUGCCUCAAAGAUCGAUACACAGCUGACCGUGGGCGCCUGCUGGCAAGGUGGUGAGGUAGGAACCCCAAGGUUCACUCAGUAUUUCCGUGGUAGCCUGUCAGGUCUGACAAUCCGACCGGGCCGCAUCGAAACCCAGAAGGUUAUCUCCUGUUUGCAGGCUUGCAAAGAAGGCCUUGAUAUUAACUCCCUUGAAAGCCUCGCUAAGGACAUAAAGUUUCAUUUUAACCCAGCCCAGUCUGUGCUGGUGGUGGAAGGAGAAGAUGUGGACAGCAUCAACACCGCCAUGACCAAAGUGUCCUACAUCAAUUCUCGCCAGUUCCCCACACCAGGCCUCCGACGGCUGCAUAUCACCACUACAGUACAGUGUUUCGGAGAGGACACGUGUCUCUCUAUCCCAGAUAUCAAGGCAGUAGUUAUGGUGAUGCCACCCAGUGAACCGAGAAUCACCAUUGCUGGAUCUAAUCGACUCGUCAGGCCUGCCAGUGACCUCCGGGGCCCACUGGGUGUGGCACCUUUCAAAGAGCUUCACAUCACAAGCACAGUAAUGAAGGGAGAUGGCUUUGGUGGACCCCGCAGGCCAGGAGUGAUGGAGGUAAUGCACAAUCUGGACUACUGUGAUGUUCUGGUAAUUGGAGAGGAACUGAAUCCAGACAGAGAGAGUCUGGAGAUUCAUCACAGUGCUCUGCUGGGAAAACACCUUGAUGCCACCAACUCCACCUCUGGAAUAUCAAUUUAUGGUGUGGACUCCAUGGCCCACUAUGAGCAGGCGCUGAGGCAAGUGCGCUACAGGAACUGGCAACCAGCCAGUCUGAGUGAGAGGAGGUUCAGACUCACCUGCUCUGAACUCAACGGUCGCUACACCAGCAACGAGUUCAAUUUGGAGGUCAGUGUUCUUCACCACUCAGUACCUGUGGAGCAUGUCAAUCACAUGGCAGUCCAACCCCAGUACAUGAGACCUGUCCAUCACCCACUCAUGAUCCACACUCUCAACUCUCACAUGCCCGGGUCGGCACCUCCUGCAGCCACGGUCGUUAUCGUGGUUUGUAUCGCAGCACUGGUGGUGAUUGUGGUGAUUGGAGUCUACAGGAUCCACGCCACACAUCAGGAAGGUUCCAGAGAGGACGAAGAUGAGGUCAAAGAUCCUGAGGAAGAAUGGGACAACUCUGCGCUCACCAUCACUGUCAACCCGAUGGAGAACAUAAGAGGACCUCAGGCUCUGGGUGAUGAGGUAAGGCAAGAAGAACAUGAGGAGGAGGAAGAAGAGGAGGAUGAAGAGCUGGUGGGAGGAGUGACAAGUGCUGAGUCGGAUAACAGCGAUGAAGAGGAAGGUGAUGGUGAUGAAGGGAGAGAAGCUGCUAAAGAGAGAAAGCAGAAGGGGAAACUUGGAUGGGACAGUUCCUCCGUAACAUACUGAUUGCAAACAUGUAAACAUAAACAUAUAUGUGCACAAACACACACUCAUACACAUUCUUCUAUCUCUAUCAGACGCACGCAAUACACACACUGCACACACAUACCACGCAGACAUUCCUUCAUGCUCCCUACAGGUAUACACACACACACACACACACACAGAAAUAAAAUCUCUGAUGAAAUAAUUUACAAUCUGUUGCUGGAAAAUACUCUUCGAAUCUUCCCAUGUUGUCAUUUUUAAUGUAACAUCUCCCCCUGCUGGACACAGUCAAACAUGGCGUAUGACUGAAUGGAAAUCAUUUUCUGUGUGCGCAUCAUUAUUCACAUCACAAUCAGUAAAGCAGAGAAAAAUAUGUCAAACAAGCACAGUCAUGUCAUUCAUUGUGUGUGCGGAUUAUAAAUUCAGUCCCAAACUCCUAGCCACGAGCCAGAUCUUAAAUGAUGUGACACUGAUACAAAACACGAGCUUAAAUUUGACUUUUAUUCCAGUGUUUGAUAUGUGUGUCCUAUCCUCUGAUUACUUUUGGAUCGUUUAUCCAUCAAACAGACUGUUUUUAACAAUUUAACAGCAAGAUUGAUCCAUCUACACAUCAACUAGUUAAUGUAUCCAUAACAUCUUUGAGUAGAACUCCCUUGGCCUUGAUAGUAGGUAUGACAUAGCUGUGCUGUCUCUCGGUGUGUUUCCUCUGUUCCCAACCAGAACACGUUUGAUGUCCUUAAAGUCUGUGUGAUCAGUGCUGAGUUUCUCCAAAUGCAUCGCAGUGCUGUGGUUCUGUGGCCUGGACACUAAAGAGAAACAUUCCACAUUUGUCCUGAUUUACUGCAUGUACAGUACAAAGUAGAAAUAUUAACUCUUGAACCUUUGAGUUCAUUAUUUUAAGUAUCUUAAAGCUAAAAAUAACCACUUUUCCAUUAGCUUAAAAGCUGAUUGCUUGUAUCUCUCUGCGUGUACCAGAUCUAUCUAUGCCGUGGCCUAAUGUUUACUGUUUAGGAGUAGAUCACUUCUUUCUUUUUUUUUUUGUUUGUUUACUCAGCACAUGCAAUGAUACAGAUAUGUUGCUGUUUCCCACUAAGAUCCCGUAUUUCCUUUGUUUUUAUCUAUAGUAAAGGGAGUCCUCUAUGCAAUUAUGAGCCCAGCAUAAAGGAACCGUGCACAGAAACAGGGAUACUCCAGCUAUGACAGACAGAUGUAACAUUCAUGCAGUACAGACUGUAAUAUCCUGACUUCAGUGCCUGGUAUUGGUUAUUUUCUAGACACAAGAUACCCCACACGUCCCAUCUAUCAGUCAGUAGCAUCUCAUCUUAGACCUGCCAAGAACCCGCCUGGGUUACAGGUUCACAACUACCUAAACUGUCACAGUUGUCUAGUUAGACGUGUCUCAUAGCUGGGCUGCUGUGGUGUCUUAUAAUGUGGAUGGUGUACUUGAGUAAACAAAAUAGCUUUUGAAGUCUUCAGUUUAUAAUAAGUUAUACUCUGGAGGUUCUCAGCAAAAACCACAAAGUAGAAUUUUCUUUCUUAUUUUGUUCAGUGCCAGCAGGUGCAUGUGUGAAACCAGCUGCGGAAAUCCACAUCUAGAGCUUGUAACACAGGCUUUCAUGUCAAAGCAAAGGACACCCACAGAUGGCAGCAUGCUGUUUUCAUCCCCUAUGUAGACAAAGCUAAAUUCCUUGGGCAAAAUUGUAGCUGGAGAAAAGACGCAGCGAUUAUUCAGCUUAUUCCUGAACACCUUCACCACAACCACAAGAAGAAGCGGAUGCUUCACUUACAGUCAUUCCUCUUUGUACUGUCAUUGUUACGGAUAAAGACUCACUCAAACAAAAUCAAAUUCCAGUUUGUCUAAAAGCUAAAAGAAACCAUCACGCUCCCAUCUCUGCUCAGAGACAGCACCGGUCACAUGUUCAUGUGUGGACAGUAUCUAUGGCGACCUCUCCCUCUGAGCUCUCUGAUACUAAGUGUCCUGUCCACGUGUCCCUCCUUCUGUUGGCCUGUGAUUGUGAUGUCAUCAUUGUGAAAUAACUGCCUUGUUUUUCUUUGUUCCCCCUUUGUCCUAAUAUGCUUCUGAAGGAUUAAAGAUUUAAAAAAGGUUCUUUUACAUACAAUAACAAACCCUGUAAAAAUGUUCAAGACACUUAUUUUAUAUAUCAGUUUCUUUUUCUUUUUGUAAACUCUGUGGCUGGGAUUUCUCUCUCUUUAGUGGUCAUCCCACUGCUUUCUGUAUAUUGACCAA